GCCUUGACCAAAUUCUUGAAGUGUGUCAACUGGCAUCUUCCUCAAGAAGCGAAGCAAGCUCUGGAACUCCUGGGCAAAUGGAAGCCGAUGGAUGUAGAGGACUCCCUGGAGCUUCUGUCUUCACAGUUCACCAACCCAACUGUGCGGCGUUAUGCUGUGGCCAGAUUGCAGCAAGCAGACGAUGAGGAUCUGCUGAUGUAUUUACUGCAGCUUGUCCAAGCUCUGAAAUACGAAAAUUUUGAUGACAUCAAGAGUGGGUUGGAGCCCACAAAAAAGGAAACUCAAGGAUCGGUGUCAGAGAGUAUGGCCACAUCUGGAGUCACUGCGCCUGAAAUAGAGAG